AUGAUUGACGACCAUCAACAAAAAAUCGCCCUAGGUAUCGUGGUCGCAUUCACGGUUCUCGGUGGCAUUGCAGUUCUACUUCGGCUCUGGGGCCGAUGGUUAUCACGAUCGGCGCUCACAAGCGAUGACUACUUGAUUGUCGUGGGAUAUAUCCUCGCCCUCUCCCAAUCCGUUACCUCGUGGUACUUCAUCAAAACCAACUAUGUCGGCAUUCACGUAUGGGAUGUCCCCAAAAACAACAAUCCUAGACCUGGGCUGAAUUGGAACUUCGCAAAUCAACUCCUCUACAAUCCAGCCCUGACCGUGGUAAAACUCUCGAUCUUGGUAUUCCUGCGCCGACUCGAUUCACGCUCACGGGUGGUCAAGUACCUCAUCUGGAGCUCCUUCGCCGUGGUAAUCAGUCUUUUUAUCACCGUCCUCCUCGUCGACAUUUUCCAAUGCCACCCAGUACAAUACGUCUACGACAUGACGAUCCCGGGCGGGAAAUGUAUCAACCAAGGCGCAUUCUACGUCUCGACCGCAGCGCUAAACCUCUUCACCGAUAUAAUGGUCCUCUCGAUCCCGAUCAUUAUCACUGCACGUCUCCAAAUGCCCCUCCGACGCAAGAUCGCCGUGUGUAUCAUCCUAUGUCUAGGUGGAGUAGCAACCGCCAUCGGAGUCUGGCGCAUAGUAAUCCUCGCCCAAGGAUUCCUCUCACACACCCCAAACCUCGACCCAACGUACUCAAUCGGCUUCUGCAGCUCAGCAGUCGAAGUAAACGUCGCCGUGGUAACAGCCUGCGGCCCGUCCCUGAAAGCCAUCAGCAGCAGGUUCCUCCCCCGACUACUUGGCAGCUCGCACGGGAAAUCCACCUAUGGGGCCGGCACCGGCUCCGGAACCGGCAUGGGCUCGCGCAGACUCCGAUCGAAUAUAUUCAAGUCUGCCUCACACGCGCAGCCAUCGGUUUUCUCCACCCGCGGCGCUGAUUACGAGAUGGCGGAUCCGCUGGGCGGGCCGCGUGUUGAUAUUGUUGGGGAUUUUGAGAUGCGUAAGUAUAAGCGUGGGGAUAGUCCUAGUUUGAGUAGUGAUGAGGGUAAGGGGAUUAUGAAGACGACUGAUAUCUCGGUUGGGUAUAGUAUGGAGCCCAGGGUUGGGGAUGGUCGGUCGCAAGAGGGUAGACACGCUAGUGUUGAUAGUUUGGUUUAA